GUCAUACAAUCACGCACACCCAUUUCCAAACACAAAAUCAUUCUCUCUCACAAAGCGUUCACUGACACCUGAUCUGAGGUCACCUUAAAGGACAAGGAGAAAACCGAUGAUUUCAGACAGAACAACUGUAGGAGCUCAGAGAGAAGAGUUUUGAGUGGACUAUAUGAACUCUGUAUUGUUUUCUUCCAGAAAAGGGGACAACAUGCAGGUUUUCCUCCUCCUCCUCUUCCUCAGCAAGAUCUUUCUGCUCAGACUGACCUCCGCAACCACACUUAAAGUGCCAACACAAAACAUGAGGGUGCGGAUCAGCGCUGUUGGAGACACCGUUGUGUUCAAGUUCAUCAGGCCUCAUGUGGACUCCACACUGCGAGGGUAUAUCCUGGGGUAUGGCAGCAGCAUGUUCUCCAAACAAUUCAUCCAGCUGCCAGAGGACGGACAACCUUAUGAGACUGAGAUAGAUGCUGAACCCAAAUAUCUGCUCGCGAUACAGUCAAAUAAACCAGAAGAACCUAAGAAGCAGUGUGCAGGGAAAGUGGACCUAGAGGUGCCCUUAAACGUGGUGAUCGGUUCAGUAACAGAGUCGUCUGUGCUGCUGUCCUGGGGGACACUGUUGACCAGCCCCUUCACAGAUUCCAUUGUGGAUGACUGUUUCGAUGAGGGACAUUUCACAGUGCGCUACAGAGAACAAGAGCCCAGCAAUACCUGGAACUAUCAAACCUGUCCAUCCUCCAGCACAGUCAUCGACAACCUCAAACCAGAUGCACUGUAUGAAUUUGGGGUUCGAGCAGAAACUGACAGCAAAUGUGGAGCCUGGAGUCCACCUGUCAUCCAUAACACAGAUGAUCAAAUAAUAAGGCCAUUUAAAGAACUGAACCAGGCAAAGCCCAAAAAGCCAAUCUUGGCAGACCAAAAGCCAUUCUUGCCUCCAGUGCCACUCUUAAACAACAUUACCAGAGCAGCCCCUCUUCUUGAACUUCCAAAGCCAUGGAAAAAUCCUGUUUCCACGCCAGAGACAACAAGCACAGUUCAAUCUCAAAGCCCCACCAAUGACCCUAGCACAACCCAACCAGAUCUUUUCACAGAUCAGCAUACAAGCACAACACCACAGCAACCAGCAACAAUUCAACCACAACCUUCCACAACCCAGCAACAAACCAGCACAACUCCACCUACAACCCAAGAAUAUAUCAAAACACAGAUUUCAACUAAAGACCCACCAUAUACAACCAAACAACAGUUUAGUGAAACAACAACUCCUAUUUUAACAACUUCUCCAAUUCCAACUACAACCAAACCACAACACACCACAACUAAGGAGCCAGACACCACAACUCAGGAGAACCUCUAUACAAGAAAAACCCAGCCUAGAAACAAGAUGCAACGAUUGAGACCCUUCCGUUUCAGAGGCACGUCUAAACACCAAACCACUCACACUUACCCUCUGCCAAAAACCACUUCUUACUACCAGUCAAGCACAGUUAUGCUUUCUGAAAACACCAAACCACCAACAACCACGCAGAGCUGGUCCACAAACAGCUUUUCCGUGACAGACACAGCUUUGAUCUCCACCACUACUUUAACAAACAUUCAGGAUGACAUAACAUCACAACAGACUACUGAUGUUAGCAGACAACCAGUAUUUAGCACUACUGCAUCCACCUAUACAAAAUAUAUGAUAUUCCAUAUUCCCACAACUGAAGAUCCUCCUCUUAACAAGAGUGUACAGGAACUGACUCGGCAACCUGUAUAUCUACCCAUAACGUUUGGGUACAAUCCCCAAUCCAGUACUACAACACAGCAGUCCAACACCCCAAAACAGCAAGCUAGCACUGCUAAAUUCAUCCUAAAACAGCACAUCCUGGAUGAAAGUCAAUCACAUAACCCUGAAGAAUGGUUGCCAGGUACCCAAAAACCACAAUUAAACCAAACAGCUUUCAUCAAAUUUGAUGCCAUUCAAAACUCACCUGUGACGGAGAAGGUAACCGUGAGGACAAGUCAACAAGGUCAACCAACCGCUAGUUCCCAGCAAAAGGACAAACGGGUACUGUCACAGCCAACACUUACAAACGAGGUGGCCGGUAGGAAUAAGGGCAGAGGUAUCUUCCGCAACUCUUCUUCUGUGUCCUAUCCAUUGGCAAGAAAUGUUACACAAAGACUGAGGCCUCUCUCCACAAACCAUCUCAAGCUGCCUCCUGUGCCUCGUAACUCAAUUCCCAACAAGAAAAGGGGGCCUCAUGGUGAGGGUCAUAUAGGCCUUCAUGGAAACAAGCCUAGAAAACAACCUGUGAAGCCAAAGCUAAACCAGGUCUCAGACACCAAAGAAAAGGAAAUCAUCACUGACCUAAAGCAGAUAGACCCAGUUCCAGAGUUGAAACCCCUACCUCCUCCCACAACUGAAAAACCAGCCAACCAGGAAUUGUCACCAACAAUAACACCACAGUCUGCUUUUGAAGGCAGUCGUUUUGACACUGGUGAUAACUCCUCUGUGUACAGUAAUUAUCCCCGAUUAGAAUUGGAUUCAACAGGGAAAAAACGUUUUGUAGCGCCUCACGUGGUCUACAGGACCGACAAGCGUCCAGAGGAGCCGUGCUCUGUCACAAACUCUCUCAGCUUCUUUCCUGAUGAGGAGGUGGGAUACCUGAACGUCACCGGUCCACCCAAGACCCCCCCAUCCAACCUCACUGUGGUCACAGUGGAAGGAUGUUCCUCUUUUGUCAUCCUGGACUGGGACAAAACAGAUAACGAGACCACAGAAUAUGAGGUAGUUUCCUCCACCAAGGGUCCGCAUGGAGAGGAGGUCUCCAUCCAGACAACAAAUCAAACACACACAGCUGUGGAAAACCUGAAACCCGAGAGCAGUUAUGAAUUCAAAGUUACGCCCAAGAACGAGCUGGGUUCAGGCCCGUCCAGUGAUCCGGUCAGCUUCAGUACAGAGUCCGCUGAUCCUCGUGUAAGUGAGAAAACCAGUAAGAAUGCCAUCUGGUCAUCAUUUCCAUUCAAAGCAGACUCAUACACCGAGUGCAAUGGCCGGCAGUUCAUUAAGAGGACCUGGUACCGCAAGUUUGUGGGCAUCCAGCUGUGCAACUCUCUCAGAUACAAGAUCUACCUGAGCGACUCUCUAAAUGGAAAGUUCUACAGCAUUGGAGACCAGACCGGCUUUGGAGAAGAUCACUGCCAGUUUGUUGACUCGUUCCUGGAUGGGAGAACCGGAGGUCCUCUUUCUCCAGACCAGUUACCAGCCAAAAAAGGUUUUUACCGGGCCAUGCGUCAAGAACCUGUCCAGUUUGGGGAGAUGGGAGGAAACUCCAUGAUCAACUACGUGGCCUGGUACGAGUGCGGGAUACCCAUUCCUGGAAAAUGGUAGAUUCCCGAGACCCGAUGAAAUAAGAACUUCGGUUAGCAUGGGGGACGCGGCUUUAUGAUGUGAUGAUUGUGUACAGAGAAUGACUUCUUUAAAGAAUGUAUCUAUAUUUUUGUGGUUACCGGGCACAUAUUUAUAUGCUGAAGCAGCGCAGCAAAUGUAGAGAGAGCUGAAUGAAUGUUAGCAUAGUGUUGAGAAUAUAGGGAAGCGGGCUCCCUAACGGCUAAAUCAAUGUGUAUAUUAUUUAUCGAAAUAUUGAAUAUGUCACUAAAACGAAAGGCAUUAGUUGGAUAUUUACGUGUUAUAUUCUCUGCAAUAAAUGGUAGAUCCACAUAGAGGAA